GGUUGAGUCGGAAGCCGUUCCGUUGGAAGUUAGUAGCGGUUUGUCGUCCUUGAAGUGCAACAACGCUUUAAACACGGUGCUAAACAAGCAGGAUUUGCGAAAAAUCCGAAGGAAAACAAUCGAUUCGUCAGUAUUAUUCGAGGCGUGAAUGGGAUCCUUGUGCUAAAUGUCUGAUUCGUUAGUGUGUAGCGUUUAGAGUUAAUUAUUAGUAGUGGUGCAAUACACUGUUAGACGAUUAGUUAGUAAAAUUCUGUUACACAUCGAGCAACAGAAUGUCAAAGAAGAAGACAGGGGAUGAAGAAUCCGGAAAUAGUGAUAAGGAUUGGGAAAUCUUCGACAUUCUUGUUGGCACAGAUGAGAUAAUGCCAAAACAUCAUCAUUCCCCUGUACAUCACCAUCACCAUCCAGAGCCAUCAUGCAACGACCAUCUGGCGCAUUCGAUCGACCUGGCCACGACGCUUCGCAGCGAGCUGGCAGCGUCCACCUACAAACGCGACCGCCUGAUGGCUGAGCUGUCCGAUGCCAAGAGUAGUCUUUGCGCGAAGGAAAACGAAUGCGAAGCGCUGCGAGCGCAGAGUGCCCGACAAACGUCCCUCAUCAGUUCCUUACAGCAACGGUUAGGUGCUUCGGAGAGCCGCGAAAAAACCCUACACUCGAGAAGCGAAAGCGUGGUGAACACUCUGAACCGUGACAAGAAACACCUGGAGGAUAAACUCAAAGAGCUGUGCGCCAAAGGAAGAAGAUUGGAGUGCGAGCUCUCCAAGGAGGAAGGCCAUCGGGAUCAGGCCAGAGCUCACCUGCAAGAUUUGGUGCGGAGGCUGUGCCUUGUGUUGGGGAUUGACGUUUGCGAUGGGACGCAUCUUACCCCGGAAUGUGUGCUAAACAAAGCAGGCGAAACAGUGGCCGAACUGCAGAGACUACGAUCGAAACUGGCCGGUACGUGUGAGCAUUUGAACUCCACCGAAGCCGAGCUGAUAACAACCAAAACGGCAGCUUCGGCCGACAAAACUCGACUGCAGACGCAGAUUGAGGGUUUGCAAUCGCUGGCCCAGGGGUUGGAGACGCGGUGUCGGCAAGCCGAGCGGGACCUACAGGCGACACGUGAUCGGCUGGCGGAAAGUGAAGUUACCGGAGAUAAGUUGAGAGAGGAACUGCGUGGAUUUGAGUCCCGGUGCUGUCGACUGCAGAACAGUUGCGAUCGAAUGCAGACUGAGCGGUUGCAGUUUCUCAGAACGAUAGCAACGAUUGUCGGAAUCAACGAACCAUGUGAGAACAACAUUCGGGAUAAAGUUCGAGAGAUCACCAAUCACAACCAAUCGUUGCACGAUCAAUUGUCACAAGUCAAGGAUCAACUUCACCAGGACGCUUCUCGCCAUCGCGAACACCAGGAGAAUACGACCUGUCGGCUGAAAAACGAAGAACAGCACCGGAUGGGCGUUGAGGAACGGCUGGAAAAGGCGUGUCACGAACUCCAACAUCUUCGAGCGGAACAUACUACCCUUAGCGAAUACCUUGUUCGGCUAGCCCGUGCCUUAUGUUGGAGCGAAUGCUCCGAGCCUCCUUCCCCGGGGAGCGACACGACCAUCCUGGGCGAAACACUGCUGGAACGUGCCGAACGGUUAGCGACUCAUCAUGACCAUCACGUUCAUGGAAUCUGUGAUAAGGCUUGCUGGGAACUGGCCAACCACCAUUCGCACUCCCACUCGCAUCACCACAGCCACCUGCCAAAGCUGAGACGGGAACGGUCCUGCACCGAUCUGCCCAUGAAAGAAGUAAACUAUCGAUUUUUGAGUACGGCACUGUACAAUAUGCAACGACGGGUCCGCGUGCUGCGGGAGCAGGUCCAGCGGCGGGAUCUGCACUUGGAGCUCCUGCGGCGCAAGAUUGCACUGCUCGAGGACAAUGCCAGGGGGAAAACCAUGUUGCAAACGGAACGUGACGAAGCAGUUCACAGGGCGCGGAAGAAUUCGAAGAAUGCCGAACGAACUGCUCAACAACUGUCGGAGGUGAAGGCCCAACUGGUGGAGGUUAAGACCCAGCUGAAUGAAGCGUCGGACUACAAAAUCACCGCCCUGGAACGGGCCCGGAAGUGCGACGAACUGCAGGCACGUUUGUGCGAGUUGGAAAAUGAAAGAGAACGGUUGGUGAGCCAGUUGGCAGCGUACAAAUCUCGAGCCCGGUCGGCAGUUGAAAGCUCCCACGAACGAAGGGUGCGGGAUGAACAUGCUAUCUCGCAUCUCCGCGAUGAGAUGUCGCGAAUAAAAUCGCAACUAGCCGACACCAAUCACCGCCUGUCGCAGCUUCAAGCGUUCCGAACCUCGGUGGCCAAGCUACUGCACCUGCGUGAUGGUCCUGACUCCGAGCUGCUUCACAAACUCCAAACCAUGUGUAGUGCCCAUCAUCAGUGUACGUGCCUGGGCGGCAGGCACUACGGGUCGGCGUCCCCGCUGGGAACGGUAGGCAGCGACCAUCACUGCUCUCGGUACGACGACAUGCCUGCUGGGCCUUCAUCGACGGGAUGCAGGCCGCUGAGCUCCAGCCCGGUUCACACCAGGAGGUAUAUCGAUUCUGGCUUCAACGACCACGAUCAUAAUUUCGACGACGAUUUUGAUUUCGGAAAGAAAUAUUAAUAACUGCCACAUUAAGAGAAGCAACACUGCCAAAACGGAUGGAGGCCAUUCAGCAAGCAGUUAGAUGGAACAAGCAAAAUGUGUUCGUUUCGAUAGUUACCCAUGCGGUACUUGCGGUAGUUUUUGUUUUAUAGCGAACGCGUUGCUCGUCUAGGGCCACCUGGUAGAGGGUAGAGGAAACGUAUUCGUUGUAGCCAAUGUUGUAUGGAAUAAAUAUGUUGA